CACAUCGCGUGGAACGAACCAUGAGCGGAGCCGCACAUCAUCACAUGCGCGCGCUCUCUCAGCCUCAGCGACAGGCGCGCGGCCGUCCCAGGACAGUAUAAAAUGCCCCGCGAACAGUCCAUAGAGCACGGAAGGAACUGGAUUUCUUAGGUGAGUGAGGGAUGGGGACAACUGAUGGGGACCAUACAGGCUACAAACGCGCUUUAGUCAUGAGUGAAAUACAUAAUUUUUAGUAGAAACAUAAAGCAUCUCUAAGUAGGCUAGAUUUGAUACCGAGAUAGUGGCUACUUAUAAAUUAUUGCAUUAGGUUAGGUUGCUGUAGCCUACACGUUGGCACUGAAAAGCAAGUAAUUUAUCUUCUUAUUAUAGUGUGCAGAUUAAUCAGACCAAAUGUAUGGUAAAACUGUUAAGAAGAGCGUCAUUGUAGGGGAAACAGAAAAUGAUAAUGGAGAACAAAGUUAGUUUAUAGCAUAAUGACUGGAUUUAAGUUGAAUCUAAAACGUUUAAUUGCUUAGAACUAGUUUAGUUGCUAUUCUAUGAAAGGUUACUUUUCCUAUUUAUUCGAUUGGCUCACAAUAGUAUUCUACUUUAUUCCCCCAAAAAAAUAUUCUGCCAAUUAUUCCAAUGAUUUACCAUUGUAUCUUUGUAUGUUGUUGUAGUUAUUUUCUAUAGCUUUGAUAGACAACCACUGUCUGACAUGGGUCUAUGUCUGUUUUCAUAGGUGUAUCUGUCUGUCAAUCAAUCAUGUAGGCUGUGGCAAUAAUCCUUGCUCUGACAGUCAUCUCUGGUAAGCCUGGGUUUACACUGGUCCCUUUUGACACUGUUAUCAAUAUAUACAGUGCCUUGCAAAAGUAUUCAUACCCCUUGGAUUUCUUCAAAUUGUUGUAUUAGAAAGUGGGCUUAAAAUGGAUUUCAUUGUAAUUCUUUACAAUUAACUACUAUAUUUUAUAAAUGUUUUAUUAAUCUGUAAAAAAUAGUAUUGGCAAUAAAAUUACAAUUAAAUACAUUUUAAUCCCACUUUCUAACACAAUAAAAUGUGAAGAAAUCCAAGGGGUAUGAAUACUUUUGCAAGGCUAAAUCCAAGGGGUAUAUAUAUUUAGUAUUGGUCAACUGUAUGUGCAUGAAUGCAUUUACUUACUCCUUGCUGAAAUCAGUCUUUUAGGAUCAACUCUUACAAUACUGUAAUACUGUCUUGUAUAAUUAAGCUUCAUACUGUACCAAGGCUCCACGCUCUCAUUACCAGACUGGAUUUAACCCCCCUGAUGGUGUAUAUUAUGUAAACCUCACCUCAGAGCUCUCUGUGUCUCCCUGCAGGCUGCCAUGCCCGCGCUGUGCGCCAGGCAGAGGCCCCCCAGAACCGCUGGGAGGAGAACGUUGAGCGCUUCUGGACCUACGUGUCUGAAAUCAACAGCAGAGCCGACGGACUGGUGGACAACCUCAAGGCCUCCCAGCUCAGCAGAGAACUCGAGUGAGUGGCGCAUUGUAACACUAUUUCAUUCUGAAGUAAUAUAGGCUCAUAUACCUUGCUUCAUCGCUCUCCAUUAUCACCUUGUGUGACUGUCCCUGACCUUGCUUCCCCUCUUUUCCUCUCUCCCCGUCCUCCCCCCGUCCCCCUAUGUCCCUAACCAUGCAUCCCCUCUCUCCCCUGUCCUCCCCCUGUACAUCUGUGUCCCCCUAUGUCCCUGACCAUGCCUCCCCUCUCUCCCCUGUCCUCCCCCCUGUCCCCCUAUGUCCCUAACCAUGCAUCCCCUCUCUCCCCUGUCCUCCCCCUGUACAUCUGUGUCCCCCUAUGUCCCUGACCAUGCCUCCCCUCUCUCCCCUGUCCUCCCCCCUGUCCCCGUGUCCCCCUAUGUCCCUGACCAUGCCUCCCCUCUCUCCCCUGUCCUCCCCCCUGUGUCCCCUAAUGUCCCUGACCAUGCCUCCCCUCUCUCCCCUGUCCUCCCCCCUGUACCCCUGUGUCCCUGUACGUCACUGACCAUGUAUCCCUCUCCCCACUUUAUGGGCAUCUCUAACCAUGCCUCCCUUCUCCCUGUCUGCAGCACCCUGAUCACUGACACUGUGGCUGAGCUGACCGUGUACAGGGAGGACAUCCAGACCAAGCUGGGGCCCUAUGCCCAAGACACAGCCGGCCUGCUGGGCCAGGACCUGCAGCUUCUGACCACCAAGCUCCAGACUGACAUGGUUGACGCCAAGGAGCGCAGCACACAGUACCUGGGAGAGCUCAAGACCAUGAUAGAGCAGAAUGCUGAUGAUGUCCACAACCGCGGCAACACCUACAUCCGCAAACUGAAGAAACGCCUUAACAAGGACACCGAGGAGAUCCGCAAGUGAGUAUAGAUGGCAGCAGCUAAUGUACUGUAACAGCUUGCUUUCCUAACAGAGAAUUUCAAAAUACCGUUUUAAUAUGUCUUCUAUGUGAUGCUAACCCCCUCUCCCUCUCCCUCCCCAGCACCGUAGCCACCUACCUGGGUGAGAUCCAGUCCCGUACCUCCCAAAACAUGGAUCUCGUGAAGGAGCGUGUGGAGCCCUACGUGAGUCAGGCCCACGACACCGCCGCCGAGAGGUUGGGCAGCUUCACUGACCUUCUGAAGAACCAGGCCCAGGACCUGAGCCAGCAGGUCUCCACCCAGGCCGAAGGCAUGCGCGAGCAGCUGGAGGCCACUGCCGAGGACCUGCGCACCACCCUGGAGGGCAAGAUCGAUGAGCUCAGCAGCCUGAUCGCUCCCUACGCCGCCAAGAUCCGUGAGCAGCUCCAGACCAUCAUGGACAAGGUCAAGGAGACCAAUGCCUAAAUGGACCCAGGGGAGGGAGGGGUUUGGAGGACCGGUGUCCCGCCACUACACCCCUGUUUAAGUAGGGGUGCAGGUUGUGAAGCACUGUGCCACCAUUCACCUAGAUACCACAGAGAGGAGGAGGGAGUGCUGUUUUCACUCUGUUGGCACUGUGUGUUUGGGGUGAGGGGGGUUGAUAGAGAGAGAGGGGUGAGGAAGACAGAGCUUUGAAUGGGUUUUGAGCAGACAAACACAGUCCUUUAUGUUUGUUUAGGCCUCAGAAAGGCAUUUACUGUUUAAAUCACUUCAAUCACUCUCUCGCUGUAUUAUCUCCUCAUCCCAGAACACAAGAGCCACACUCAAUACUGCCUUUCAUAAACACACAAGAGGCUAUUGUUUUUAACCUGCUUCGCUUGUCUUCCUCGUUAUAAGUGCUCUAGAUGUCUCCUCCAAAAUGUUCUACUAAUCUGCAUCAGGUUUCUAAGGCUACUAUAUGGGACACAAGGGGGGGGUUGAAACAGUAUCUUCCAAUUGUGAGCCAAAUUGGCUGGGGCCCAUUCCAGCGCUGUCCCUGUCCUUCAUUUCAAUAACUGCACUGAACUAAGACUGGGCUUAUCUCCAGCACUAGCAUCAGUCUUUCCAGAACCAUUGGAGAAGAACCACUCUGUGCCUUGCUUGUCUAUGAUGCUGUAUCAACACCUGCUCUGUAGGCUCUGUAUUUGUUGUGAUUCAUAUAGAAGUGUAUUUACUAUGACUGUGAUAUGAUGCGAAUAUGACAAUCAAACUAAAAGGCAUACUUCACAGGGUCCAUAUACUACCUGUCUGUAUUAUUUCAGUUUGGCAAGAGUGUCUCUGCCACUUCACAAUGUAACAUGCCCAUGCUUCUCACCAUAGUACACUGUCCGUCUGGCUGACUGCAGUGUGCUACCCAGUGCUGCGUAAAUAAAAUAUGUAAAGAGAUGCUAAAUUGUCAGUGUUCUUUUCUUGUCAAACAUUUAUACACUUUUUUCAACUUUGAAAUGUCUUUAUUUUUAGUUACAAUGACAACUGAGGUAGUUAAUAUAC